CCGCCUGUGGCCCUGGAUAGUAACAAAGCAAACAAAGCCCGAACCCAAACCCGCCACCAUCAUAGGUCCUAUAAUUGCUGUGGAGAAUCUGUAAGCCAUGGCAUCUAAGAAAUUUGCUGUUAAAUGUGGGAAUUUUGCUGUACUGGUGGAUCUUCAUAUAUUGCCACAAGGUUCAAACAAAGAUACCAGCUGGUUUUCUGAACAGAAGAAAGAGGAAGUCUGUUUGCUGUUAAAAGAAACCAUUCUUUCAAGAGUUAAGGAGUACUUGGAAGUUCAUAAACAGCACAGGCCAUCAAAUACAGAAUUCACAAGAUCCAGUCCCUUGUCCUUAAAAGGUUAUGGCUUUCAGAUCACAGCCUAUUUCCUCAAGAGAGGGAUACACCUCCGCUGCAUUGAGAGCUCACAGAAUACUGAACUCCGUGUAUUCCCUGACAGAUUUGUGGUCUGUGUUAGUCAGCUUGAAUUUAAUCAUGAUAUUUUGGCAAAUCAGAAUGAAGAAUUGACAGAAAGAGCUCUCCACGGAGUGUCUGAUUAUUUUGCUGAGUGUGCGGAGAGUCCACUUCCUCCCAGUGCAAAGCUCAAGAGAAAUGCUCUGAAACAAAUUGCGAAAAGAACAAAAACAAAAAGUAACAUCGAGAGCAAAUCACAGACCAGCAGAGACAUUGUGGGAACAUCUAGUGACUCAGUGAUUGCGGAGGUAGCAAGGAGGAGGGAUGAUGGUCAGGCCUCAUCAGAAUCUACAGGACAAGCAAAGGAUUACAUAAAGGCAGCUGAGUGCCACCAAAGGCUUCCUGUUCAAAAGCUGGAAAAUGUUAAUCAGACCCAGCCAGAAGACACUAGCAGCCAGCAAAAACCUCAUCCUGGGGAGCGGUCAAAGACAGGGCUUCUAAGCGGGAGCCCUGUCUAUAGCUGUGAGUCAGCAUCACCAGGUCCAAAGCAAAGUCCACGAGUAGCCAAAACACAACAGAAACGCAGGAACUGCGGCUCUGCGGAAGACUUCGACCACCACAAGAGAGUUUCUCUUGGAAGUGAUCGAUUAGUCCCAGGAGAAACAAUACUGGAGAAAAGCACAGCUGUCAAUGUUUUGCCAAUUUUAGAGUUGUCAGAUCCGGGGUUACUUUUGAAACAAGAUUUGGCAAAAACCAUGUCUAAGGAAGAGUUGCAUGUUUUGGAAAAUCUCCCCUCCAGACAUCUUAUAAAAAAUAACCCAAGGCAGGCACAGCAAACCAGCUCAGCCACAAACACUGAAAGAUCAUCUGCAAUUCAAGGCAGCCCAACCAAGAAAAGAAAGAAAUUGCAAAGGAUUGCAAAGUCAUAGUUGAGGAUAAUAGUAGCCAAAUAUGUGACAAAAGCGCCAACAUGUAUAGAUGCUGAGACUUA